CCGCGGGCGGCGCUUUCUCCGCUGCCAGCGCCGGCCGCGCGUGCCCCGCGUCCCCUCCGCCGUCCCCUCCGCGCGUCCCUCGCGUCCCUCUCCGCCAUCCCCGCCAUCCCCGCCGCGCAGCAUGGCCGGGCUGGGCGGCGGCCUCGCCGCCUUCGGGCGCUGCACGCACGCCGUGGUGCGGGCGCUGCCCGAGUCGCUGUGCCGGCAGGCGCUGCGCAGCACGGCGGGCCCCGAGGUGGACUUCGCCCGCGCGGAGAGGGAGCAUCAGCUGUACGUGGGUGUGCUGCGGGGCAAGCUGGGGCUGCAGGUGCUGGAGCUGCCGGCCGACGAGAGCCUCCCCGACUGUGUCUUCGUGGAGGAUGUGGCCGUGGUCUGCGAGGAGACGGCGCUGCUGACCCGCCCGGGCGCGCCCAGCCGCCGGAAGGAGGUGGAAGCCAUGAAGAGAGUACUGGAAAGUCUCAACCUUAAUAUAGUUGAGAUGGUGGAUGAAAACGCAACCUUGGAUGGUGGAGAUGUCUUAUUCACAGGCAGAGAAUUUUUCGUAGGUCUUUCCAGGCGGACAAAUCAACGUGGUGCAGAAAUUCUGGCUGACACAUUUAAGGAUUAUGCUGUCUCCACAGUCCCUGUUCAUGAUUCUUUGCAUCUGAAGAGCUUUUGCAGCAUGGCUGGACCAAAUUUGAUUGCUAUUGGAUCAAGUGAAGCUGCACAGAAAGCCCUUAAGACCAUGCAGCAGAUGAGCGACCACCGCUACGACAAGCUGACAGUGCCUGACGAUGCCGCGGCGAACUGCAUCUACCUGAACAUUCCCAGCAAAGGGCACGUGCUGCUGCACAGGGCCCCUGAGGAGUACCCAGAGAGUGCAAAGGUAUUUGAAAAGCUGAAGGACCACAUGCUGAUCCCAAUAGCCAACACAGAACUGGAGAAAGUAGAUGGGUCACUCACCUGUUGCUCUGUGCUUAUUAACAAAGCUUCAGAAUUAUGAGUUUACAGAAUCCCUCCCUUGUAACUGGCAAUAAUGUUACACACAAGGUAGACGAAUCUGUAUCCACACUUUUAUUGUUUUUAUUGACAAUCUACUGUACCACUGUGCUACUAACCCUUGUUUACAAAUUUUUUGCAUUGUGAAUUUUUAUUAUGUCCUUGCAGAUGGUAUUUAAGGUGGAUGUAGGGUUUGUUGGGAGCACAUAACUCUGAAGUAAGUUAGUCCCAUGGGCUAGCAGAAGACAAUUAUAAUGGCUAACCCUUAGCUUUAGUGAUUUAACAUAUCAUUGUGAAAGUUUUAUGAAACUCAGCUAAUUCUCAGUAUUUCGAGCACCUCUGUUGUCUUUACACUGUUCCCUCCUGUCUUCUCUUGCUUCCCUGCUCUUGUUUUUUUUCCUUCCUCAGUCUUUGACUUUCAGUGGUGCAAAGUAUUAGGGGGACUGAAGCAAAUUCAGUGGGCUCAGGAACCAAGUACCUUUUGUGGUAUGGAAGCUUUCCAUGCACUAGCUGGAAGAGUGCUCUCUGUCCUGGCCACAUCACAGUGCUGCUGCUGGCCAGAGUUGUGGCUGGGAUCCAUUUCAGACAUCAGGUGCCAGCUUUGGAAAAACUUCCUCUGAUGGGAGCCUUCAAGGGCAAUGGAAAACUGUGAAACUUGCAUGACAGAAGAAGAGAAUAUUGCAACCACACAAGUUGUCUCCUGCACAUUCAGGUCCCAGUUUUCUGCUAAGACCAUGACUUUCAAAGUGGUGAGAAUGGGAGAGGAAUUUUUAGAAAGGCCAGAUCCUAGGAAGCCUCUGGACCACAAAAAUUAAAUGCAGAGAUACAAAAGAAAUCUAAAGUAUGGGGGAGUUAAAUCUCUUUGCAUCUUAAAAUUUGUUUCUCCUUUCUGUUUUCUCCUCUUUUAGAGGCCACUUACUAACAAAAUUCAAAAGAAAAGGCUGAUAGAAGGAGUUGAAGGACAGCUAUUCCUGGAUUAUGCCCAUGAAUAAGGGAAGCUAUUUUUUCCUGGAAGAUUGUCAUUUUUUCUUUAUCUGCCCUUGGGACAGUUUUCCUUGGAACAAUAACCAUCUUAUAUUUUUUUAGCGGCAUGAAUAUUCACUGUGGUAUUCAGUUAAGGCAAAUAUAAUUUUUGUAGCAAAUUCCUCAACAUGUUUACCCAUUGAGUCAUAGCUUCUUUUUUUUUUUCACCACUGCAAAGUGAAGCACACACCAUUGUAUUCACAUGCUUCUUGUUAAAUCAUUUGUAAACUAAGGAUGGGAGCAAUUCCCAAACAGAGGCAGUAGUGGGAACUCUCCAGAGACUGACAAAUAGUCUGAACAUGUUAUCAGUUUCCUAGACAUCUCCUCCACCUUUCCUGAACCACUUGUGGCAUGUUGCUGAGGUACAGUAGGAAGUGAGUGAGGGGGCUUGGCCAGUGUGGUCUGCAGGAAAGCAAACAGUAUUAACCAAAUGCCCACUGGGAUUUCCUUUGGAAACCUGCAUGCUGUUUUGUGCAGUCAUAAGGAAGGAAACACCAGUACUCAUAGGUUCUCUCUGACAUAUCUCAGUGGUAAUGAGAGGAAAACCCCCUGGCAGCUGCCAGAGUCCACCUGAUGCUCGUGGGUGCACUGUUUGUUGUGAUGACACCAGGUAUCGUGGGGCAGAGAGCAGUGAUGAGUGAAUACAUUGUAUGUGAAAAGAGUGUGGCCCAAAGGAAGUUCUUCAGCCAGCCAAACAGCACAUGGGGAGUUUUUUUAUUUAUGACUCUUCUGUCCCAAAGGGUUAUCCUAAUGUUUCCCCUUUGUCUCUUCCAUUCCCAUGCACCAUCAUUUAAACCUGAGCCAGGUGAUCAGGCUCUAAGGAUGUAAAUGUUGCAGUGGGGAAUCUUUCUCUGCCUUCCCUUGGUGCUCUUUAAAUAUUUGAUAAAGUAUCACACAUUUCAAAACAACUUGACAUUGAACAGAGAUUUUGUGCCAAGAAGUGGCCCUGCAGUAUUGAGCUGUGAGCUCCUAAAGGCAAGCUGAACUUUGUUAAAAGCCUGUGCAGCUGUGGGAGCUGUCAAAGAUGAAACAGCCCCCCCAUCCCAACUUUUCCAUGUACCUCCUGGGGCCUGGCCCCCAUCCAUGUCCUUCAUCCCUCUUCCCUCCUCUUGGUGGGAGCCAGAGCAUCCAGCUACACUGGGAGUGUUAGGCUGUAGGAUCUCUAUUUUAUUUAUCACUAAAUAUUUCUGUAGUGUUGGUUUUUUGGUAUUUUUCUUCUCCCACCCUCUCUCAUGUCUCACCUCUCUCCUUCCUCAGACUCUCCAGUUUGCUCAUCAAGCCAUACCUUUUAAUCCCAAGUGAUUUUGCUUUCUGUUGCCUCAGUUCUUUCUUGAGACUUUUUCUUCACUUCUUCACUGUUCACUCCACAGUAUCCCAAGCCAUGAUGGACUAUCCUAAACUCACUCCCUCCUUGAGCAGCUGCCAGGAGAGAGGAAAAACUAAGGGGUUUGCUUUGGAUCUUUUGAGCUGGAAGGAUGACAGCAGGAGCUGUAGAUCCACAGAGUAACAAGGGUGACUUCUCUUUUUAAGAUUCCUCUAGAAAAAAAGGAACCAUUUCUGGUGACACUGCUUUGUGUCCUUGAAAGCCUAGAAUGGGUGACAAGGAAUUCCUCUGACUCACUAGGGGAGGGAGAGGAGGAGUUGGGAUUUCAGAGCUGAGAAACAGCUGUGAAGACAGAAAGGUUGGUUUUCCAUCCCUUGCCAUUUAGAUUUCCUUGGCUUCUGGGCUGCAUUUUGGUACACAGAAAGCAAGGCAGCGACUGAGGGACCUGAACUCCUUCAGUUGCUGUAUUCAAACUGUCUAACUUCAGGCACAAAAUUUAGGUGCUCUAAAACCACACCUGCUUUCUCUCUCAGCCUCAGUAGGAAUCACAGCCUCUUAACAUAGAUGCACUAAAUUACAUCUUAGUCUGAUGCCAAAAGUUACCUAAGCUGGUCAGUGGGAUCACCCUCACCUCACAGCUUCUCCUGGUAAUCUUUAUUCUGGCAUUAGAGAGGAAGAUAUUGUGAGCAGUUCAGUUAUGUAUUUGCAGUAUGGUACUAAGAACUAAAAUCAUGCCAAAUGCUUCUUGUUGUUGCUGUUUGCUGUUUAUUUUUCUGUUGCCCAAACAAAGAAUUCAGUUGUGAGGACAUUUCUGCAGUGACUCGUGUAUCUAAUGCAUGUCCUGUACAUUUUGUCACCAGAACAUUUCUCAGAUGCCUGAUAUAAAUCAUCAUUCUUGAUUAAUACAAAUAAAAUCCCAAACCAAAAAAGGAGAUGAGACACUGAAUACUGAUAGCUCCCACAUAAAACUCUUGAUAACAACUGUCGGGCUGUAUAACAGAGCAGACUUGUACAGAAGUUCUUGUGGUAAUAGCUCAGCAGAGGGGCUUGAAUUACUCAUCAAAGGAUUUUUCCUUUCAGCAAUCAGUUUAGCUGAGCUGAAAUGAAAGAACCAGAAUGUGCAUUAUGGAUAUUCCAUGGAUGUUAUCUUUUCUAAGAGUUUAGGGAGAUCUGUGAUAUGUGGGUUUCUUUCUUCAACAGAAUGUGAAUACAGUGUCUCUCUCUGUAAUGAAAAUGUGAAUGCAUAUUGUAUCUUAUGAGAUAAACUUGAAUUCUUCCAUUUAUGUAUUUUUGUGUUUACCAUGCUAAUAUUCAGUUUUAAAUAGAUGCCACUGUGUGAAGCUACGCUCUGAUUUUUUUGCUGAUUUCCAUGUGAUAAUAAUAGAUCUCACAGGCACCACUAUGUCCAGUUUUGAAAGCAAAAAUCCAGUCUACAGAAUGCUGUUCGUUCACAGCAAAUUGGAAAAUACACAAAAAAAUGAGCUUUUGGUUUUGUUCAGCUUCAUAUGUGUUUUAUCAAUGAAGUCAGAGCCAAAUGAAUGGAAAAUAUUAAUACCCACAUGGAACCAUUUGAGGAAAAGAAUUUACUAUUUAAGAUUGUCUAUUUUUGCUUUUAUCAAUAAGGAAGCUGAAAAGAUAAGCCUGCUUAAAGAAUGGUAUUUGUUAAGUGAUUGUGAACAAAGUAUCAGUGGACCUCAUGUAUUUUCAGAGAAGUUUUAACUGGACGUGUGAUGUAAAUUGUAUAGAGUUGUAUGUGAAUUGUGUUAGUCACUGUUUUACAUUGUAUUGUUCUGCAGUGCACAAAUGUGACUACUGAGCACAGAAUAUUACAUUCAUUAAACUUAAACUCUUGUUGCAGUAUAUAACUCCCCACUUUUUGUGCCAAAAACAUCAAUACAUUCCAUAAUCAGUUCUAAUAGAGGUUUGCACUUUGAUUUUUUUUUUUGUGAUUCUUGCAGUUUCAAUACUAUAUAUCUCCAUCAUGAAGGAAUAAAGUGUCAGUUGUACCAUG